AUGUCAUCAUCCAGAAAAACUAUCCCCGGAUCAUCAACCACUGGCAGUAAAACAAUUCCCUACACCAACAGAACAGACUCCAUAGUCAUUACUUCCGCAUCUUCAUCAUCCUCGUCUACAUCCAUGUCACCAUCGACAACUAAUGGCUGGUCAAAUCAUAAUGAUGGCGAAAGAGAAGUGCGAAAUGGUGGUGGUGGGAGAUUUAUUCAAGAAUUAACACCACCACCUGAUAAUUAUGCUAGUAUUACUUCAUGUAGUCAUAUUAAAUCAGUAUUAGAGUCACGAGCUAAAGAAACUGUAUUUGAAACUUAUAGACAAGCAGUUACUAUUUCACAACCAAUUACAUCAAAUCAAAUUUAUUUAUCUAAAAAAGAUGGUACUAAGAUUCCUUUCAAUAAAAUUUUAAAUAAAAAAUCAAAUUCAUUAAAAUGUUCAGAAUGUAAAUUAAAUAAUUUCCAAAAUUCAUUAAUAUGUUUACAAUGUCCUCAUGUUGGUUGUUUUCAAGAUCAUAUAAAUUCAAAUCAUGCAUUUUUACAUUAUAAACUGACACAACAUUUAUUUGCAAUCGAUUCAAGAUCAGGGUUAUUAUAUUGUUUCCUGUGUGGUAAUUAUAUCAAUCAUCCAGACCUAGAACAUAUUCGUCUGGAAAUUAUGAAUAGUGUGACCGGCGGGGCUAGUACCUGUCCACAAUAUGAUCAACCUGAUAUUGUUGCAAAUUAUACUGAUCCAAAUAAAGUUGCAAUUCAUGGCUUGAAAGGAUUUGUUAAUCUUGGAGCUACAUGUUUUAUGAGUUCUAUAUUACAAACCAUAUUACAUAAUCCAAUUAUAAAAUAUCAAUUUUUUAAUAAUGAUAUUCAUUAUUUCAAUUGUGAAAAACAACAUGAUCAAGGUAUAAAUGGUGGAAGUAUAGAUGAAAAUAAUGCCUGUAUUACAUGUAGUAUUGAUCAAAUAUUUCAAUAUUUCUUCACAUCCCCCACAAUUGAAGGAUAUGGAAUGACUAAUUUAUUAACUACAGCAUGGUAUAAAAAGAAAUCUUUGGCAGGUUUCCAAGAACAAGAUGCUCAUGAAUUUUGGCAAUUCUUAUUAAAUGAAUUUCAUUUGGAUCAUAAUAGAAUAUUACAGAAUUUAGGUCAAACUACUACAUCGGAUAAGAAAUGUGGUUGUAUAACUCAUUCAACCUUUGCAUUUGAAUUACAAAGUUCAAUAAAAUGUUCAAAAUGUGGAGAAAUCACCGAAACCAUUGAUCCCAUGAUUGAUCUCUCCCUAGAAAUCAAUCAAGCAUACAAGAAAUCAUCUCACAACAGUCAUGAUAUAACCUUAUAUGAUUGUCUUGAUUUAUUUACAUCGGAAGAAAAAUUGGAUAUUUUAUAUACAUGUAAAUUUUGUCAAGAAAAAUCUCAAAAACCUACCAAAACAUUAAAAUUAAAAUCAAUCCCUCCUGUCCUACCUAUUCAACUUAAACGAUUUGAACAUAAUAUCAUGAAUGAUUCAACUUCAAAAAUUGAAACUCCAGUCAUAACCCCAUUAUUCUUAAAUCUUACCAAAUAUUGCGUAGAAUCGUCAACCACAAGUUCCAAUUCCAAAGAGCUUAUCGACGGGGAUAAGAUAUUUGAAUUAUUUGCGGUGGUAUAUCAUAUGGGAUCAGUCAAUACAGGGCAUUAUAUCGUAUAUAUCAAGAAUGGAUCUGGUCAAUGGUUUAAAUUUGAUGAUAGUGUUAUUUCAUUAGUAAGUCAACAAGAAGUGAUGAGUACGAAUGCAUAUUUGUUAUAUUAUAUAACUCAUAGGAUUUAA